AUGGGGAAGUCAAGCAAGAGGCGUACGCAAGUAGCUCCAGAGGGGUCAGAUGUAGAGACCAAGCGGAUCAGAAGACCGAUUGUUGAAGAAAUGGCCAGGACGCUCAUUGAUCUCCAAGCCAGAGCGCUUUCUUUUAAGGAUCAUUAUGUGGCACAGCAACAGGAGGAGGAGCGCAAGAAGAAAGUGGGCCGCCCAAAGGGAUCAACCAAACAAGCCAACAAGGAUGUGGCAAAGAAAAAAGAUUUGGCAAAGAUUGUGCUUACAGAGCGCUAUGCAAAUGCUAUGGCUGCUGCUAAGCCAAAGCGGCUGACUAAAGGUGCUUAUGGAAAGAUACAUGAUGCUGUAAUGGAAGAGCUGGGACUUGGCGGAACCGAUUUCUUGAUUCCAAAGACCACGAUCCAGAGUCGAGUGCGGGGAAACAAAAUUGCAACCAAACGAGGGCCCGUUUCGCCAGUAGCUGCCUUUGAGCCAUACAUCCUGAACAUUGCACUAUACAGGCAGCAAGCUGGACAACCAUUGACACAACCAGAAACCAUUGCUUUGGCCAAUUCUCUUGUAAAAGGAUCCGAACUAGAAGACAAGUUGAAAGACUUUCAUAGCAAGAUCAAAGUUCAACCAACAGAGUUGCUCGGCAAGAGAUGGUUCAAAGGUUUCAUGAAUAGACAUAGAGAUAUCUUGAACACUGGGAGAGGAAGCAAGCAGGACAGAGCAAGGAAGGACUGGACAACAUAUGAGAACGUCCAACAAAUGUACGAGUUAGUGUACGAGCAAAUGCUGCGAGCUGGAAUUGCAGUGCGCUUACCAGAAAGUGAACACUAUUGGGUUGGCAAAGAGGGGCAGAUUGUUGAUUCUGAGGAUAAGGCAGCUGGCCACAAGUGCACCAUUAAGCUCAUACAUCCAGAGUAUUUGUUGUUUGGAGACGAAGUCGGAACUGAUACUGCCCAAGACCAAGAUGGGCACAUCGGCGGCGAGACAUACAUCAAAAGUGCGGAUGGUCAAAAGGUGGAACUGCUGAGUACAAAGGCCAGUGGUCGCUUCACUGUGAUGGGUCUGACUGCUGCAAGUGGGGAUCCAGUGAUGUGCAUUGUUAUCAUUGCUGGCAAAGAGUUGGCUUUUGAAGAUUACACCGGAUUUGAUCACCAAUCUGAAGCAAUAUAUGACGGGACCAAGACAAUAGAAGAGAACUAUGGUCCUGGAAAGGCGCUUCCAGGACUUCCAGUAUGUGUCUUCAGAGGAAAGGAAGUGCCUGGUAUGGUUGCGGUGUCUCCAAAGGUAUCGAUGACUUCCAAGAUUCUCAAGAAAGCUUUGGAGACAUUGGACAAACUUGGGGUCUACCCACGGACCCUGCACGGACCAACACCAAUGUGUCUCUUUGAUGGCCAUGACAGCCGCCUUCAAGUUCCCUUCCUUGAAUACAUCAACAGUAAGGACGAGUUCCAGAAUCCACUUUGGAUCGAAGAAUUUUGA